AUGUUCAUCAUGGAGAAGGUGGAGGGUGCCCAGUGCAGCCUGCAUGAGUUCAGCAUCACCGGCUCCACCUAUGCCCCUGAGGGACAGAUCCUGAAGGACGAGCAGCCGGUGCAGUGCGGGCAGUACGACGGGCUGGUGGAGCUGGCCACCAUCUGCGCCCUCUGCAACGACUCCUCGCUGGACUACAAUGAGUCCAAAAAAGUCUAUGAGAAGGUGGGAGAGGCCACUGAAACAGCCCUGACGUGCCUGGUGGAGAAGAUGAACGUCUUCAAUACGGACACCAGCAAACUCUCCAAGGUGGAGCGAGCCAACGCCUGCAAUUCGGUGAUCAAGCAGCUGAUGAGGAAGGAGUGCACCUUGGAGUUCUCUCGUGACCGCAAGUCCAUGUCGGUGUACUGCACACCCACCAGCCCUGGUCACAACUCUGCUGGCAGCAAGAUGUUCGUCAAGGGUGCCCCAGAAAGUGUGAUCGAGCGCUGCACCCACGUCCGUGUGGGCACUGCCAAGGUCCCACUGAUGGCCCCGGUGAGGGAGAAGAUCUUGGGCAGGAUCCGGGACUGGGGCAUGGGCAUCGACACGCUGCGCUGCCUGGCCCUGGCCACUCACGACGCGCCUGUCCGCAGGGAGACCAUGCAGCUGCAUGAGUCCGCUGCCUUCAUCCACUAUGAGAACAACCUGACCUUUGUGGGCUGCGUGGGGAUGCUGGACCCUCCACGCAAGGAGGUCACCUCCUCCAUCGAGAUGUGCCGCAAGGCCGGCAUCCGUGUCUCAUGAUAGGCCGGCAUCCGGGGCAUCAUGAUCCCCGGUGACAACAAGGGCACAGCGGUGGCCAUCUGCCGCAGGAUUGGCAUCUUCUCGGAGAGUGAGGAUGUGGCCGGCAAAGCCUACACGGGCCGGGAGUUCGAUGAGCUGUCCCCCGAGGCGCAGCGGCAGGGGGGCCGUGAUGCCCGAUGCUUCGCCCGCGUGGAGCCAGCACACAAAUCCCGCAUCAUCGAGUACCUCCAGUCCUUCCAUGAGAUCACCGCCAUGACAGGCGACGGUGUCAACGAUGCCCCGGCCUUGAAGAAAGCUGCGAUUGGCAUCGCCAUGGGGUCGGGCACAGCUGUCGCCAAGUCGGCCGCCGAGAUGGUGCUCUCUGAUGACAACUUCUCCACCAUCGUGUCAGCUGUUGAGGAGGGCAGGGCCAUUUACAACAACAUGAAGCAGUUCAUUCGCUAUCUCAUCUCCUCCAACGUUGGGGAGGUGGUUUGCAUCUUCCUGACGGCCAUCCUGGGCUUGCCCGAGGCCCUCAUCCCCGUGCAGCUGCUGUGGGUGAACCUGGUGACGGACGGGCUACCAGCCACCGCGCUGGGCUUCAACCCUCCUGACCUGGACAUCAUGGACAAGCUGCCCCGCAACCCCAAGGAGCCCCUCAUCAGCGGCUGGCUCUUCUUCCGCUACCUGGCCAUCGGAGUGUAUGUGGGCCUGGCCACGGUGGGUGCAGCAACCUGGUGGUUCUUGUACGAUGCCGAGGGGCCGCAGGUCUCCUUCCAUCAGCUGAGGAACUUCAUGAGGUGCACCGAGGACAACCCCAUCUUCGAAGGAAUAGACUGUGAGAUCUUCGAGUCUCGAUACCCAACCACGAUGGCUCUGUCCGUGCUGGUGACAAUCGAAAUGUGCAAUGCUCUGAACAGUGUCUCUGAGAACCAGUCGCUGCUACGGAUGCCACCAUGGCUCAACAUCUGGCUGCUGGGGGCCAUCGUCAUGUCCAUGGCUCUGCACUUCCUCAUCCUCUACGUCAAGCCUAUGCCUCUCAUCUUCCAGGUAACCCCCCUGAGCUGGCCACAGUGGGUGGUUGUAAUGAAAAUCUCCCUGCCUGUUAUCCUGCUGGAUGAAGGACUCAAGUACCUUUCCCGCAACCAUCUGGAUGGCAUUCUCAGGACGGUAAGACACACGUGGAGCGGGGAGCACCAGUUGAAAACCUGCAGGACUCCAAAGCAAGGGCGAAGAGGACAAGAAAUGAACGACACAAAGGAAACGCUCCUACCUAAAGGAUCCCUAACUUGUAACUCGGACUGA